AGACCUACAGGCAUUUUAAGUUGAAUUUUUUUGUUAAAAUUGAUCAAAAGACAUAUUUAAUGUGGUUGUUGGAAUUGAAAAUAAUGUGGGUUGAUGGUUAGGUUUGUGGUGUCUAAGACAGUUGCAAAGCAGUGUGGCUGAUUGCCACUUGCUAAAUAUACCUAGCUUUAUUGGAUUAAAUAAGUAAAUCAUCAUGUCUGCUGGUAGUGGUAAUUUUGUUGAUAGAAUUGACCCUUUUGCAAAGAGGUCUUUGAAAAAAAAGCCUAAAAGAUCUCAAGGAUCUUCACGCUAUCGCACAGCUAAUGAAGUUGAUCUUCAGCCUCUUCCUAUGUUAAAAGAUGUCCCAGGGGGGGAGCAGGAGGACUUGUUCCUUCGCAAAUUACGGCAAUGCUGUGUUGGAUUUGACUUCCUAGACCCCGUGGCUGAUCUCAAGGGCAAAGAGACUAAACGUUCCACUCUCAAUGAGCUUGUGGACUACAUCACGGCAGGCCGGGGGGUGCUCACCGAGCCUGUGUAUCCGGAGAUCAUUGCAAUGAUUGCGUGUAACUUGUUCCGCACACUGCCCCCUUCGGACAACCCCGACUUUGACCCUGAAGAGGAUGAUCCAACUCUGGAGGCAUCAUGGCCACACCUUCAGCUGGUGUAUGAAUUCUUCUUGCGCUUCUUGGAGAGUCCAGAUUUCCAGCCAGCUAUUGGCAAGAAGGUCAUCGAUCAAAAGUUUGUCUUGCAGCUUCUGGAAUUGUUUGAUAGUGAAGAUCCUCGCGAGCGCGACUUUCUGAAGACCGUUCUCCACAGGAUAUAUGGAAAGUUCUUGGGCCUAAGAGCAUUCAUCAGAAAACAGAUCAACAAUAUAUUUCUUAGGUUUAUAUAUGAAACGGAACAUUUCAACGGUGUUGGUGAGCUACUUGAAAUCCUUGGCAGUAUCAUCAACGGAUUCGCCUUGCCCCUCAAAGCUGAGCACAAGCAGUUCCUGAUCAAGGUGCUCAUCCCCCUGCACAAAGCCAAGUGCCUGAGCUUAUACCACGCCCAGCUGGCCUACUGUGUUGUGCAGUUCCUCGAGAAGGACCCAACACUCACAGAACCUGUCAUAAAAGGCCUCCUCAAAAUUUGGCCAAAGACGUGCAGCCAGAAAGAGGUCAUGUUCCUAGGUGAAAUUGAAGAAAUAUUGGAUGUGAUUGAACCCAAUCAAUUUGUGAAAGUGCAAGAGCCUCUUUUUAAACAAAUAUCAAAGUGCGUCUCCAGUCCUCAUUUUCAGGUUGCCGAGCGAGCCCUGUACUUCUGGAACAAUGAGUAUAUUAUGAGUCUAAUAGAAGAAAAUUCCAACGUCAUCUUGCCCAUCAUGUUUCCGGCACUCUACAGAAUUAGCAAGGAACAUUGGAACCAGACAAUUGUGGCACUCGUGUACAAUGUCCUCAAGACCUUCAUGGAGAUGAACAGUAAAUUGUUCGACGAGCUCACCGCGUCGUACAAAAGUGAACGGCAGCGUGAGAAGAAGCGUGACCGCGAAAGGGAAGAAUUAUGGAAGAAACUACAGGCUCUCGAACUAAACCGCCCCGAAGAAUAGUCAAUUAUAUGAGUGCUCAUGUGCCAAACUUAAGCAGUUCUGAAGACCACUCAUUAUGACCCUUGCAGCGUAUAAGGCAUCCGUAUUCAGUGAAUUUACACCGUAUUCGGCCUGGGGACCGAAUUGGCAGUUCUUGGUUCUGGAAGUUAUUAUUGGGGAAGGCAGCUACGGACGUGUGUUCCAUGUUCAAGACCAAAAAUCGAAAGAGCAGAAAUGAAAAUUUUGAAACGGAAAAACCGUAGUUUCUUGUAACUGGAAUGUAAAGUCAGUCAAGAUAUUCAUCGAGUGGCACCUGGCGGAUUCUCUCCUGAAAUACCAAGAACUAAACUUGUUAAUAUUGAAGAUGGUGUCUAAGCAUUAGUAAUGGCCUUCAAGGCCGCACCCUGAGGAGCAUAUAGAAAGAACUAGACGGCAAAUUUGAUCCUUACUUAACUUGCUG